GUCGAACAACCAAAUGGAAGUUGCCGCAGCAUAUUGAUAUUGCAAGCAGAGCUCAAUCGCCAUGGGCGCUGGCGCGUCCGCGUCUUUGGACGAAUCCUCCUGCGAGGCGGUGCUGCGCAGCUUCAUUGCGCAGGACGUGGAGAGAGCAGAGCGGCUGACGAAGAUGGCUACGGAGCUCGUUGCCGAGGCCAAGGCCUCUGGCGAUUCGCCGAAGGUCAGCGCGGGCCGAGCCGCUGUGAGCCUGCGACGACUGGCGAGUGACGCGCAAAGCGCAGAAGAUGCAAACACCGUUGAAGCCAUUGCAUCGCUAAAUCUGGGCGAAAGCUUUUUCAACUUUCCCGAGAAGCUGCCGAGCAACUUGCAGAGCCUGAACUUUGGCCCGAGCUUCAACCAGAGCUUGGAAGAUCUCGCUCUACCGAGGGGCUUGCAGAGUCUGGCCUUCGGAGAUUCUUUCAAUUGGACCUUGGACGGCACCCUAGGCACCCUACCCAAUCUGCAGAGUUUAACCUUUGGCUCGGAGUUCAAUCGGAGCCUGGAUGCUCUGCCAAGCAGCUUGCGGACCCUGACACUUGGAGACUCAUUCAACCAGAGCCUAAGAGGUGUCACGCUGCCAGGCAGCCUGGAGACGUUGGCCUUUGGCCGCGAUUUCAACCAAAGCCUGGACGGCGUGUCGCUGCCUGACGCUUUGCAGACUUUGACUUUCGGCAGUUCUUUCAACCGGAGCCUGGCAAGUGUCGCUUUGCCGAACGGCUUGCAGACUCUGCGCUUCGGCAAAAGCUUCAACCAAAGCUUGGGAACUACAACCUUGCCCAGUGGUUUGCUCAAUUUGAGAUUCGGCUCCGGUUUCAAUCAGAGCUUGGCUGGCGCUGCACUGAGCAGCCUGACCAGCUUAGUCUUUGGCUGUGAUGAAGUAGUAAAUCCCGAAGAGGAAACUGAAGAUGUCAUCGACCAGUGCUUGGAAGGUGUUGUAUUACCAGGCAGUCUCCACACUUUAACAUUGGGCAAAUGGUAUCAGCAGAGCCUGUCGGCCGUGGCUCUGCCAAGCAGUUUGCAGACUCUGACUUUGGGCGCCUACUACAACAGUUUGGAGGGGGUCGUCCUGCCAAGCAACCUGCAGACCUUGAUAUUUGGCGAGUAUUUCAAUAAGAGUUUGAGAGGUGUCGCCCUGCCAAUCAGCUUGCAGACCUUGACCUUGGGCCAAGAGUUCAACCAGAGCCUGGCGGAUGUCGUGCUGCUAAACGGCUUGAAAGCCCUGACUUUGGGCUACCGCUUCAACAAGACCUUAGAAGGGGUCACAUUGCCAAGCAGCCUGCAGACCUUGAUCUUUGGGUCCGACUACAACCAGAGUUUGGAAGGGGUCAUGCUGCCAAGCAGCCUGCAGAGCUUGACCUUUGGCGACGACUUCGACCAGAGCUUGAGGAGUGUCAUUUUGCCAAAGAAUCUGAGGACUCUGACCUUUGGUACGAGCUUCAACCAGAGUUUGGUAGGCGUCACGCUGCCGAAGAGCCUGCAGACCUUGAGCUUUGGCUGGAGAUUCGACCAAAGCUUGGACGGCAUCGUGCUACCGAGCAGUUUGCAGACCUUGACCUUCGGCGAGUGCUUCGAGCAAGGCCUAGGCGCGCUGCCCAACAGCUUGCAGAGCCUAACCCUCGGCCGUGAUUUUAACCGAAGUUUGGAAGGCGUAACCCUUCCAAGGAAUUUGCAGACGCUGACCUUCGGCUGUCAUUUCAACCAGAGUUUGGAGGGUGUCACUCUGCCCAGCGGGUUGCGAGCUCUUACCUUUGGCUCGGAUUUCAACCAGAGCUUGACAAACGUCGCUCUGCCAAGCGGCCUCCAAACCUUGCUCCUUGGCUCGAGUUUCAGCCAGAGCUUGGAAGACAUUUUGCUACCAAGCCUGCGUGAGCUCGAGUUCAAUCAAUUCGGACUUCGGGUCCACUAAACCUCACUGUGCUUCAGGUGCCGAUGGAACCC